UAUACAUGUGUGUUUAUAACUAGUGGCAACCUUACAGUUCACUGCUCCAUAUGACGUUUUGCAACAAAUUUUUCAUACUUAUGCUAAUGUCGACAUGAUUUCGUCUUAUUCUUCCCAACACCACCUGCCAAGUGAGACAUUGACAAUCAGUGUCAAUCUGUGGCAAAAAACCGAAAAUUUUCUACAAGAGAUCACGUAACUCAAAGAAUGAAGCACACUGCCGGCGUAUAAAUUUUGAACAAUGGAAAACUUUUGUAACUCGACAUUUUGGGAUGAUAAUUUAACAUGGAACACAACUCGGCCUGAUUUAUCUUCAUGCUUCCAACAAACUGUGUUGAUCUGGAUUCCUUUUGUAUUAUUGUUGGGAUUGGUUGGAUUCAACUUGUGCAAUAACUGGAUGAAUUGUUGGAGGAAGCCAUUGUUGAUGACCAAAUCUUCAAAACUGAGAAAAUGUCACAAUUCACAUUUAACAAAGCGUUUAAUCGUUACCCGAUUAUUUGUUGGAAAAACGAGUCUAUGCUGUGGAUUAGUUCUUAUGCAUUUGAUCAAUCUUGUCCAGCUCAAUUAUGAAGAUGCUUCUUUGCAUCGUGCCUCUGAUGCGAAUUGGGUUGCAGUAUUUAUUCGGAUUUUGGGUUAUAUAUUCGCUCUAAUACUGAUUGUCCAUCACAAAAUAACCGGUGUCACAUCUUCUGGUGGAAUGUUUAUAUACUGGCUACUUUUACUCUGCUGCGAUAUCUUAAUAUUCCAAUCAGCUUUACGAAAUGAACAAAAUAAUGUUCAUGAAAUGACACGAGUCGUUAACAUUUUCCAAUUUCCACUGGUCGUGCUAACUUUCGUAAUUAAUUGUUGGGCUGAUAAUGUACCCAUUUCAAGGACCUCCAAGAAUAAUGCAAAACCAUGCCCCGAUCAGACAGCUUCAUUUCUAUCAAAAUUGUUAUUUUACUGGUAUGAAGAGCUGGCUUGGAUAGGAUACAAGAGACCACUGGAAAUAUCAGACCUCUGGGAUUUGAACGAAAGGGAAACAUGUGAUCAUCAAGUUCCUAAAUUCUAUAAAAAUUGGCUUGGACCUAAAGAUGGAAAAUGCAAAGCUCCAGAUGGAAGAAGUCUGAAAGGAAAUGCAUUCUUUUCACCGCUUAAAGCUCUUGGCCAAACAUUUCUACUGGGAACACUCUUUCAAUUCGGAGGUGAUAUGCUAGGGUUUGCAUCGCCAGAAAUUCUAAAGUUGCUCAUCUCCUUCACAAAAACCAAAGACAUGGAAACAUGGAAAGGCUACUUUUUCGUUACAGUUCUCCUCCUCUCAUCCACCCUACAAACUGUAUUUAUAACUCAGUUUAUGCAAGUCAAUUUAUUACUGUACAUGAGGAUGAAGACAAUGCUGAUGUCUGCCAUUUAUCGCAAAGCUCUCCGAAUUUCAAGUAUUGCAAGGAAGAAUUCAAGUGUGGGAGAAAUUGUCAACUUAAUGAGCGUUGAUGCGCUCAAGUUGCUUAAUGCGUUAGCAUUUUUAAACGAACUUUGGAGUGCUCCGUUAAAAAUUUUUGUGUCAAUGUAUCUGUUGUGGAAUAUUUUGGGUCACAGUGUCCUCGCUGGAGUAUUUGUAAUGAUUCUUCUGAUCUCCGUCAAUGGAUUGCUUGGUAAAUUUGUGAGGAAUCUGCAAGCAAAACAGAUGAAGCAUAAGGACCAACGGGUGAAGUUGAUGAGUGAAAUUUUAGCAGGAAUUAAGGUGCUGAAGUUAUAUGCUUUUGAACCUCCGUUUGAAAACGAGGUGAUGGACGUCCGCCGAAAGGAACUCAAGUUACUGAAAAGGGCUGCGUAUUUAAAUGCAGCGAAGAUAUUAGUUGGAACGUGUGCCCCAUUUUUCGUUUCCCUUGUCACGUUUGGAAUGUUCGUUCUCGUCGAUGAGAACAAUGUCCUAGACGCAGAAAAGGCUUUCGUAUCUCUCGCACUGUUUAACAUUAUGAAGGAACCUCUCAACAACUUUCCAGUAACGAUAGUGUCCUUAAUUGAGGCGAGUGUUGCAGUGAAGAGAAUAAACAGAUUCCUCAAUGCCGAAGAACGUGAUGCAGAUGCAAUUGAACAAAAACCAGAAAAGAAUUCUACUUGUAAUUUGGCAAUUUCAAUACAGAAUGCAGACUUUUCCUGGGAUCCGAGCGAGGAUGCAUUUCGGCUUAAAAACAUCAACUUAAAUGUUAAACAGGGUUCAAUAUUAGGAAUUGUUGGUACUGUUGGCACUGGAAAGUCAUCUCUUUUGGCGGCCAUACUUGGUGAGAUGUUUAAAACAUCUGGAAGAGUUAUGAGACAUGGAAAAGUUGCAUAUGUCGCUCAGCAGGCAUGGAUUCAAAAUUGCUCACUACGGGACAACAUUUUAUUCGGAGAAGAGUUCCAUGAGGAGACAUAUCAAAAAGUUAUUGAGGCAUGUGCACUCCAGCCGGAUAUUGACAUGUUACCUGCGGGGGAUCGUACAGAAAUUGGGGAAAAAGGCGUUACGUUGAGCGGCGGCCAGAAGCAGAGGGUUUCUAUAGCUCGUGCAGUUUACAGCAAGUCGGACCUGAUACUGUUAGAUGAUCCCUUAAGCUCAGUAGACGCUCAUGUAUCAAAGCAUCUCUUUGAUAAAGUCCUCGGUCCGAAUGGAUUAUUAAAACAUACCACAAGACUUCUCGUAACUCAUAGUCUCAAGUACUUAAAACACAUUGACAACAUUGUAGUAAUGAAGGAUGGCGAAAUAAGUGAAGAGGGGACGUAUGAUGCGCUACUGGAAAGUGGUGCUGCAUUUUCCGAUUUUUUGAACCAAUACAGUCAAGAAACAGAAGAAGAGGAAGAACAUGUACCAAAAAGUACUGUUCUUGUACAUAGUCUACCACGCCAAAUAUCAGAAAGUGCAAGUCAAAGAUCACACUCUCCCACAAAGCGCUCCACCACCACACCCAUAAAACGACGCAUAAGCAGUUCUCUUUCUGCAUCUUCUGCAAUUUCCCUUCAUGCUUUGGAACUCAUUUCAGAUAAUGAUAAUACUGACGAUGUUUACAUCGACGAUGAGGCACCUCCACUUCCUAUCCCGGAACAGCAACGUCUGAUAAAAUCUGAGAAAAUGGAGGUCGGAACUGUUCAACGCGACGUGUACUUGAAUUUUAUAAAAUCCAUGGGAAUAGUGACUGCGAUUAUGGCGUUAGUUUUUAAUGCUUUCUUCCAAGCAUUACAAAUGGGAUCCAGCAUUUGGUUAGCAAAAUGGGCUGAUGAUGAUGAUAACCACAAAAAUCCCAGCAACUCCACCACUGACCACGAUUCCACGGAGAACAAUAAUAACAAUUUGAUGUACCUCAGUGUCUACGGUCUAUUUGGCUUAGGUCAAGCAACCACCAUCAUGAUUGGGACUGUUUGUAUGUCUCUUGCUAUAUUAAAUGCUUCCUCAAUCCUUCACCAAAGAAUGCUUUCUCGCAUUAUGAGAGCUCCCAUGUCGUUUUUUGAAACGACCCCAGUGGGAAGAAUCGUUAAUAGAUUUGCUAAGGAUCUCGACAAUGUGGAUUUUAAUCUCGGUGUUCAUCUUCGCUCACUCAUCCCAAAGUUAUUCUCCCUUGUAGCCACCGUUAUAAUAAUCUCAAUCAACAUGCCGGCUUUUCUCUUAGCUAUAUUCGUCCUAUCAAUAAUUUACUGCUACAUAACUAAAUUUUACGUGGCGUCAAAGGGGCAACUGAAGCGGAUGGAAUCAAUUUCAAUGUCUCCAAUAUUUUCACAAUUUAGCGAAACUUUAUCAGGGACAGCAACUAUACGAGGCUAUGGAGCCGAGGACAGAUUCGUACGCGCAUCAGAUAACAGGAUAGAUUUUCAUCAAAAAUGCUACUACCCGGCAAUAGUCGGAAAUCGGUGGCUUGCCGUUCGCCUCGAAGCAGUUUCGAAUAUCAUGGUAUUUUUGGCAGGGGUGCUUGCCGUCAUUAAUAGAGAUAAACUAGAUCCUGGAACUGUUGGAUUGUCGAUUUGUUACGCUAUGCAAGUGACUAGCACGUUAAAUUGGAUGGUCCGGAUGAUAUCUGCAAUAGAAACGGAUGCUAUUUCUGCAGAGAGGAUUAUAGAAUUUUCAGAAACUGAACAGGAAGCCGAUUGGAUUAUUGGCGAACAAAAACCACCCAAGGAUUGGCCUGAUAAAGGUGCAAUCAGUUUUAAAAAUUGCCAAGCAAGAUAUCGUCCAGGGUUGGAUUUGGUCCUGAGGAACUUGAGCUGUGAAAUUUUACCUGGCGAAAAGAUUGGAUGUACAUCGAGAACUGGGUCAGGCAAAAGCACACUAAUGCUGGUUUUAUUACGAAUUAUUGAACCCGUUGAUCAGAAUUCUAUAAUUAUUGACGGCUUGGACAUAUCUAAACUUGCCCUUCAUGACAUUCGUGGACGGAUCACAAUCAUUCCUCAAGAUCCCGUCCUUUUCUCUGGUACACUUCGGAUGAACAUGGAUCCAUUUUCGAAAUAUGAGGACGCUGAGAUUUGGCGUGUACUAGAAUUGGCACAUUUGAAAGAGUUUGUGAUAACCCAGUGCCCAGACGGACUUUUGCACAAAGUUAGUGAAGGCGGCGACAACUUGAGCAUGGGGCAAAAACAAUUAAUAUGCCUCGCACGGGCAUUGUUGCGAAAAAACCAGAUUCUUUUGUUGGAUGAAGCGACUGCCUCUGUGGAUUUAGAAACGGAUUUGUUGAUACAGAAAACUAUACGGACAGAGUUUCAGGAUGCAACUGUAUUAUGCAUUGCUCAUAGACUAAACACUAUUAUGGAUUAUGACAGGGUAAUGGUACUUAAAGAUGGACAAAUUGCCGAACUUGAUAAACCCGAAACCCUAUUAAAAGAUGAGAACUCAAUUUUCUACUCGCUGGCAAAAGCUGAUGGUGUGGUUUAAUUUUGCUAAAUUAUAGUCAUUCUGAAUAUCAAAAUUUACGAGAUGCAAUUGGAUAUGUCCUUAUGCAUUCAUAUUAUAUUGUGAACAAUAACUUUGUGCUACCAAGUUGGUGUAUUUAAAAGAAAACAAAAUAAAUACGUUUUAUUCUAAGAUAAAA